CACCACAGAACACUAACACACUACAAAUAUUUUGUACUACAGUGGUGGGUGGCGGGGUUCUAUACUAAAUUCUUCUAAGAAAUUCUUAAUAUCUUCUAUUUUAAACAGCCCCUAGCAGAUUCUAGCGGUUUUUAAUAUGCUAUGGAUUAUGGAUCCAUCAUCCAGAGUUGGCAAACCUGGACAGGUUAUCCUUGGGUAAAUUGCUUGCUCUAUUAUCUUUGGGCAGUUUGGGCCUGUGGUUUGGGCUGCUUUGGGUUUUUUUCCGUCUGGAUUACGAAAAUAUAUAAAGCUGCAAUGGAGAUUGAAGAGUAACUUUUAUUUCAAAAGGUUGUAAAUCUAUAUUGUCCCUGUCAAGUAUCUAGUUUUUUUACACAACAGAAAUCAUACAGAAACACGGUACAGAAACUACUUGUCGCAUUUUAUGGAACCUAACAGGAGUUAUCACACCGAAUCAAGCGGUCAUAAUAAUGGCGAAGCAUCACAUUCAUCAACACAGUUGUCUGCCAGGCAAAAAGAAUACUUGGAUUGGCGUCAAAUAAGAAAAAAUAUUACCAAAGGAGAAACAUUAGAUCCAUCAAUACAGUUGUCGUGCAAGCAAAAAAAAUAUCUUGACUGGCUUCAAGCUGAAAAAGAGAAAAAAGCUCGACGUAAGGCAAGAUGGGAAGCGAGAAAAGAGUAUGCUAGACAGCAUGGAAUUGUGAAAAAGAAAGUAGUAAAAGUUCCCGAAGUAAUAACUUUAAUGCAAGACAGCACUUGUGACAUUAAUAUUUGUAUAGAUUUGAGUUUUAUAGGACUAAUGACCAACAGGUAUAAGAGUGAAACUGGUAGACAAAUUAGAAAAGUUUAUGAAGAAAAUAGAGCUGCUAAAGCACCUCUACAUGUUCAUUUAACAAGAUAUACUGGUUUAGCUAAAGAAAGACUAAGGAAACGUGGUGUAACUCAAGAGGCAGAUCUACAUUUUCAUGAAGGGCAUUAUUUAGAUGUAUUCGAAAAGGAUCGAUUAAUAUAUCUGACCAGCGAUAGCAAGAAUGUACUUGAUAGGCUAGAAGAAAACAAAGUUUAUAUUAUUGGUGGCUUGUCAGGGCACACUAAACAUAAAAGUCUUUGCUACAGAACAGCGACAAGUGAAGGUAUUGCACAUGCUCAACUGCCUAUUAAGUCAUCUUUUAACAUAAAAAGUAAAAAAUCGAGAAUUUUACAUAUCUAUCAAGUGUUCCAGAUCCUUCUCAAAGUGAGUGAGGGUAAAUCAUUUAAUGAAGCUGUUAGAAUAGUAUUCAGCAAUCGGCAAAACAUUUUAUCAGAUGCAGCAUAUUAUGAAGAAGAUGGGGCAUAUGAAGAAGAAUUCUCAGACUGAGUGAGGUUAAUCUUUUAAUGAAACCGUCACAAUAGUAUUCAGCAUAGGGAAAAAAGUUUUAUCAGAUGAGGUAUAUGAAGUAUACUAACUGGCCUCAAAUAAAAUAUUUUUUGUUUAUAUUACUAUAAAUAAGUAGGUUUAAUGUUUAUUCAAUAAAUAGCUCUUCUCAGAUUC